GGGCGGUAAAUGACCAAGCAGGGGGGGAGUGGGCCGGAGGAUGGCAGGGAGGAGAUGGGCGACGUUCCCGACGCAGACGGGGCACGCGCGGCCGAUGGAAUUCCGUCGGGCAUGCGCCCACACCACAGUGUCCCGUCUUGCGCGCGUCGGUACUCACCCACAGACGAUCAAGACGCCAAUGCUCGCAGCGCAUCUCGUCAGCCGCAUACCUCCUCCAGCCUGUCUGCCAUCCUCCUAGGAUCCGUCAGACGACCCGCGUACGGACAAGUGAAGAUCCCGUUCAACUAUUCCAACCCGACAGAACCACAGCACUCAAGCCUUCGAUACGAGCAGUCCACUUCCACGCAGCAUACGAGAGCGCGCACGGCGGACCCAGGCGCGCCGCCAAUGACUGCGCGCCUCGUCUGCCCAUGCCCCUCCCGGCGUACGAGCUGGCGUCCGCAUGUGAUCGGCCUUGCCUACAAGCAGUCCAGCACCACCAUCCGACAUCCAGUCACUGUUCCGUCCACGCGAUCCACUUCUACAGAACCAUACGAGGGUACGCGCGGUGGUAGGUGGUACGGAGAGGCUUCGGCCAGGACGUACCCGGUGAGGGACGGCCCGCCCUCACCAGCCACACCGCGCGCGGGGGUCACCGCCGUGUUUAGCCUGGGCCCGGGCUAUUCGCGUGCGUACCUAUGCACUUCCCUGCAUCCCACACUCUCAGCGCUCGGAUACGCCGACCAGGACAACUCGACAUUGCAAGUUCGGGAGCUUCGUUCGCGUCGACCUGAAGGACCUGUGAAAGUCAAACCCCCUCCCAUUCUCAAAGUCAAGCUGUUACCUCUCCCUCGUGCCAACAUGCGCUCAUUCAAGACCUUCAAGGCCAUGCUGAGGAUGUGCAAGGCUAAGGGUGUUACAUGCCCGACUUCUUGCGCGUGCCCCAACAAAAAGGGAGAGCCCGUGCCUGAUGUACUCGCGAUUCCGUUGGACUGUCCCCUUGCACUUGUAACGUCUCCCUCUGGCCCUACUCCGGCUCCUUUAUCCUCCGAGUCGCCCACCUCAAACCUCAGCAGUCCCACGGCUGCCGUUCCACCAUCCCCUCGUAUGACAGCCGAGGAAUUCAAGGAGCUCUGCGAAAGUAACGAACGCCGGAGGGUCAGGGUCGCAGCCUUGGAGGCGGUAUGCCGUCCCGAGACCGUACGCAUAGUCCCAGAAGCGAAGCUCGUGGUGGCGAAAUUUGAAGCUGAGAUUGCCGAGAUAAGAGCGUCCAUCCGUCAAAGAGAAAACAAGAUGCAGUCGAUGCUGAUGUGGGAGCUUAUGGACAGUUAUGAGUGUCCGCUUCCAUCAUUCGAAAGCCAGUACAAUAUCGUUCGCGUCCAAUGA